AUGUCAUCGUUGAAAGAUCAAUUGGCUCAAGUGGCCCAGUCAAACUCUACUGUAGCUUUGGAUAGAAAAAGAAGACAAAAGUUACAUUCGGCUUCUCUGAUCUAUAAUACAAAAACUGCUGCCACUCAAGACUACGAUUUCAUUUAUGAAUCUGCUCUAAAGGCCCUCGAUGAAUUGAUAGAAAUAGAACCAAAAUUUAAAGUAUUUCAAAAAACUCUGUUUUCUGAAACUUCAAUGGCAAUUGAUAGAAAUGUUCAAACAAAAGAUGAAAUUAAAGAUUUAGAUAACGCCAUCUUUGGUUUCUUGAUGUUAGCCUCUUCAAAAUGGCAGUUGACCCCAACUUUGUACGCUACAGAAUGGUUGGUUCGUCGUUUCCAAAUUCACAUCUUGAAUUCAGAAAUUUUGUUAUUAUCAACUUUAAAUUUUUACCAAUCACCAAUAUUCAAAAGAAUUCUAGAUAUCGUCAAGUUGCCUCCUCUUUUCAACCCUUUGUCGACUUUUGUAAGAUCAGAUAAAAACCCUUCUAACAUGACAAUUGUCAAAUUGUUCAACGACAAUGAUUUCAUCAAGUUAUACACAAAUUAUUUAAGUAAAUGUAUUAAACAUCAUAUGACUUACACAAAUCAAUUAUUGUUUACUACUUGUUGUUUCAUCAACUUGAUUGCAUUCAAUUCAAACAAUGAAGAAAAGUUAAACCAAUUGAUUCCUAUCUUAUUAGAAGUAUCCGCAAAAUUAUUGGCUUCAAACUCAACCGAUUGUCAAAUUGCGGCACAUACCACAUUAGUCGUGUUGGCUACUUCUAUCCAAUUGAAUAAAAAUAUUAUUUUAGCUGCCGUUGAAACUAUUUUAUCAGGUUUGGAAAAUGCUGACGCUACAAAGUCUGCCUUAGUUGCAAUUUGUAAAUUAUUCCAAACUAUGAAGGGUACUGGCAACGUCGAUCAUUUACCAAUGAAAUUAUACAAGCUAUUUAACAACAAAUAUUCCUUGGAUAAUUUGAUCGAAUUAUUGUCAACUUCAGAUUCUCCAAAAGCUGAUAAAUUUAUCACUUGUUAUCUAAGGGCUAUUACAAGAUUCGACCAUCCAAAAUUGACAUCUGUUGUGAAAUUGUUAAAAGCUGUCACUUUAGAAAAGUUUGAAGUUAGAUUGAUUAUCACUGAUCUAAUUCAUUUAUCUGAAAUUAUGGAAGACAAAUCUAAUUUGAUAGAUGUGUUCACUUACUUCAUCUCAAUUAAUGAAGAUUUGGUCAUAAGCUGUUUGAAAUCUUUGAAUCUAACACCAGAUUUGUUCGAAAUUAGAUUGACUACCUCUUUAUUCAAAUCAAAUAUAUUGAAUGAAAAUACAGAUGCUACUCAACUUGAAUCAGAAAAAAUCAUGGGUAAGAAUAAUAAAUCUGUAACAUUUAAAGCUUUCUUAGCUAAGAAUUCCCAAUUUAUAAACACUAGUGCAAAAUCUAUGUUGGUUGAAUCAGAUGAAAAAUACUGCAAGUUACUUUCUUUAUUUGUAGAAUCCGUUGGUAAAGGCUAUCCAUCAGGUCAAUUUUUGACUUCUUUCAUCACUACUGUUGAAGCAAGAAUGACAUUCUUAUUAAGAAUCAUUGUUUCACCAGCUGCGCCAACUACUUUACGUUUGAUCGCAUUAACAAAUAUUUCAAAGUACAUGAGCAACAUUGAUAAAGAUUCAAAUGUCUUCACAUUUGUACCAUGUUUGUUGUGUGCCUUAAACGAUGUAUCUAAAAAUGUUAGAAGUAAUGUAAAGAAGAUUCUAUCACAAAUCUCUAAGAGACCUUUUACAAAACAUUAUUUCCUACAAAACGAAAUUUAUGGAGAAAAUAAUGAGAUACCAAUGUUAUCUCCAAAGGAUGGUGAAGCUUGGCUAAACAAAUUUCUAUCUGAUUAUGUCGAUGAUAAUUAUGAUAUUUCUCAUUUAAUUAUUCCAAAGAAAAAUGAUACAAUGUACUUAGUAUUUUGGGCAAACCAAGCUUUAUUUAUGCCAUUACCUUAUCCAAAAAUGGUUUUAUUGAACUAUUUAAAUAAACAAGGUAAAGCUUCAGCAUUUUCAAAUAUUUUUGAACCAUUUAUGAAAACAUAUUUGGAAAAUAGAAAGACUUGGGUUGAGAGAUGUAUUGCCAAUAAAACAGAUAUUGAUCAAUUCGAAUCAUCAAUUGCAGAUGUCAUUAGUUCAAAAGAAAAACACCAGUUUAUGAUUGAUUUUAUCAUAAAUGUAUUGAAUUCAGAACAUGAAUCCCUAGCCAAUAUCAUUAUAGCAAGAUUAAUCAAAGUCUUUACUUCUUUAAAAUUUAAUCAUCAGCUAAAAAUUGUGGAAACUAUUGUUGAAGCUACUAUUUCUCCAGAAGCAAACUACGAUGCUGUUGCAAUUUUACAAUCACUUCCAUUAUCAACUGAAAUAUUCAUUUCUAUUUUAAAGGAAAAUAAAAUUAACUCAGAUAGUGAAAUCGCAGACUUCACUAAAAGAAGAAGAAGACGUUCUUCAACUAAUAAGAAUGCGCUACAAAAGGAAGAAGUUUCCUUACUUGCAGAACUUCAUUUAAGAAAGAUUACUUCGAUUUUGGAGACUCUAGAUAAGGCUAAGGUUACUGGUUCUGAUGUUUUGCUUUCACAUUUAUUUUCUAUUCUAUCAGAUUUAGAAACAUUAGGUGAAGAUGGUGGUUUACCAGUUUUGUAUGCUGAGGAGACAUUAGCAUCUUGUAUGUUGAACACUAUCCAAUCCUUAAAGGACAAUGGUAUUUCUAAAUUGUCCAACGUAAGAGCUGAUGUGUUGAUUUCAGUUAUUAGAAGUUCCCAAUCACCUCAAGUUCAAAAUAAGCUAUUAUUAGUGGUUGGAUCUUUGGCUACAUUAUCACCAGAAACUACUUUGCAUUCUGUUAUGCCGAUUUUCACAUUUAUGGGGGCACAUAUCAUUCGUCAAGAUAAUGAAUUUACUGCAAGUGUCGUUGAAAAAACCAUUUUAACUAUAGUUCCAGCCUUGUUGGAGUCUAACCCUGCUAAUUUGAGGGAUGAGAUUGAAUUCUUGUUAAUUACUUUCACAACAGCAUUGCAACACGUACCAAAACAUAGAAGAGUCAAGCUGUAUUCGACAUUGGUUCAAGCACUUGGACCAAAUAUUGCCAUUGCACCAUUUUUGUUUUUAGUUUCUCAACAGUACUCUAAUAAUGUUGCUACCUUUAAACUGGGUGAAGCUAAGGCUUUUGUUGAGUUUACUAAAUCAUUCAUGGCUAACUUUGAUGCAAUUGAUCAACUAAAUGGUAUAAAUGAAUUCUUCAAAUUAAUCCACUCAUUGAUGGUUGAAUCUAAUGUAACUGAAAGAAAUGCUAAAUUUGAGUCAAGAGCAUUGUUUACCAAUGGUAUUUUAAAUUUCACUGAUUCAGAAAUGCUUUUGUUCUUCAAGAAUGCUAUUAACUUUGUCAAUAAUGUAAUCAAAGAAAAUUAUAUGGAUUACUAUGAUAUUAAUGCAAGUUUGAAGGUUAGAAUUUAUUCUAUGCUGUUAGAUGUUAGAACAGAUGGAGAUAUCAUUAAAUCUGUCAAAUCAAACUUUGCAUCUGUGAUUUCUUCUAUUAUAAUAUUGGUCAAGGAAGUUAACCUAUCAAUUGGGCAUACAUCAGUUGAAGCUAAUGAAUCUUCAUCUGAAGUUGAAACGACGGAUUAUAAAGUGGAUACUAAGUCUGUUUUAUUGGAAGUUUUGGGUAAUUUCAUGACCAUUCUACCAAUAGAUGACUUCAUUGAUUCUGUUCUUCCAUUGUUAGAAUCAACAACUAAUGAAGAUGUUAGAUAUCAUGUGACACUAUCUAUUUCCAAGAAGUUCGAAUCAGAACCUCUCGACGCAGUUGAUGCAGCUACUAAGACAAUUAAUGUAUUGUUAGAUAGGGUUAAAGUCGAGGAAAACUCUGUAAACAUCCUUCAAGUUACAUUGAAUUCAGUUUCAACAUUGGUUGCGAAAUUUGGUGACAAGCUUGAUAAUUCAUUGAUAAACCGUAUUCUAGCUAUAGGUACAUCCUAUUUAUCUUCUGAUGAAAAAGCCAAUUUGGUUUCUUCCAUAACAUUGAUUACAAAUAGUGUUCAAGUAUUAGGUAUCAAAGCCAUUUCAUUCUAUCCAAAGAUUGUUCGACCAAUUCUAAAAAUAUUUAAAGAAAUUAGAGAGGAUAAGACAUUAUUCUUGAGACAUCAAUUGCAAUUAUCAAUAUUGUUGUUGUUUGCCGCCUUGAUUAAACGUUUACCAAGCUUUUUGAAUUCUAAUUUGUACGAACUAUUCGAAGUCAUCUUUUAUUCUGAUGAAGUAGAGGUAACUACUAGAUUGUCAGUAAUUUCCUUAGUUGUGGAAAACAUGGAUAAGAAAGAAAUCUUGAGAACGUUGAAUAAGAUAUGGAACAAUAGUGUCUGUAAAAGUGAAGAUUCAAUUGCGAUUUCAUUGUUCUUAAGUUGUUUAGAAUCUACUACUGAUGUAAUUGAGAAGAAAGUCGCAUCUACACAAUCUCCGGUUUUCUUCAAAUUAUUGUUAUCAUUAUUUGAAUACAGAUCUAUUUCUAGUUUUGAUAACAACACAAUCAGCAAAAUUGAAGCAACUGUGCACAAGAUUGUUAACACCUAUGUUUUGAAAUUGAAUGACAAAGUAUUUAGACCAUUGUUUGUCAUUGUUAUUAACUGGGCAUUUGAAGCUGAAGGUGUUGUCAAUAAAAAUAUUACUGAAGUUGAAAGAUUGACAGCAUUCUUUAAAUUUUUUGGUAAAUUACAAGAAAAUUUGAAAGGUAUCAUUACCUCUUACUUCACCUAUCUUCUUGAACCAACCAAUACACUUUUGAAAAGAUUCAUUUCCAAGGACAUCGCCGAUGUGAACUUGCAACGUUUGGUUUUAAUAUCUUUAACUUCCUCAUUUAGAUAUGAUAAAGAUGAAUAUUGGAACUCUACUUCAAGAUUUGAAUUAAUUAGUGAAUCUUUAGUUGAUCAAUUGACAGUUAUUGAAAAUGUCAUCGGUAAAUACUUGUCCAAGGCCAUCAGUUCGCUUACAGCUAAGAACAGUAAAGUUGAGGAACACAAUAAGAUUAUGUUGAAAUUAUUGGUUAACCAUAUGAAAUCCACUUGUGACUCAAAUGAAAAGUUGUGGGCAAUUAGAUCUUUGAAAUUGAUAUAUUCUAAGGUAGGUGAAAACUGGCUAGUACUAUUGCCUCAACUUGUUCCAACAAUCGCUGAAUUAUUGGAAGAUGAAGAUGAAGAAGUCGAAUACGAAGUAAGAACUGGUCUAGUCAAGGUCGUCGAGAAUGUUCUGGGAGAACCAUUUGAUAGAUAUUUAAGCUGA